GCGCAACAAUGGACCUCAGCUCACCUCAGGUGGUUGGUGAUGUGACGGUCUCUAAGGACUCACCUGGAGUCAUUGCUGUGGUUCUGAUCAAGGACUUCAAGAUUACUGUCUCCUUUGACGGCUACACCGCACACAUCCUUGUUGAWGGAUCUACUGGAUCAUCUCUGGAGGGUCUGUGCACAGACUCCAGCAGUGAAGCAAGACUCCCUGGCUGCAGCUCCACCAACUGUGUUCCACAUGAUGGCAUGGACGAGGAGACGGUCUGCCCCAAUAACACAUUAAGCUGUGACUACCUGAARRAGGCACCCUUCCCCUCCUGUGCCAUYGACCGACAGCCCUACUUGGUCGCCUGCAMAAACCUUUUGUCCAGAUAUCCUGCAGUGGACGGCCUCAAGUGUCAGUUCCUGACGGCCUACGCCAAAGCCUGCAGCCUGUACAACAACACUGCACUGUCUGGCUGGAGGUUCAAGACUAAGUGCCACCACCACGGGGCCUUCUGUAACAAGACCUGCAAAGAUCACGAAUUCUGUGCAGAGGCGUUAUCUGGAGAAAACCAGUGCUUCUGUCGGGCCAACUUUGCCUGUGAAAUCAGAAACAGUUAUACUUAUGGUCAUCCACCGGUCUGCAUAAAGAACCAUGCUUCUCUGACUCUGUACAACUGUCUGCUGGUGGAACAAAACAUUGACUACACCCGCUUACACCUGAUUGACCCAACCUGUACAGGUCAACUGAAUGAGACGGACAACACAGUGACCUUCACCUUCGAAGCUGACAACUGUGGAACACAGAUCARCGCCAACAAUGAGAGCAUCAUCUACAAAAACACCGUCAUGAGCCAGAACGUCACCAGCCAAAUCAUUCGCUCUGAUGUGGUCAUGAUCGACUUUUCCUGCUACCAGGCCCAGCCGAACCUCCAGACUACGACCUUCACCAUCAUGGACAAUGCUUAUAAAGGGAUCAUUGWAGCAGGACUUUGGAAUUACACUCUGUUCAUUAAGGCCUUCAUUGACGAUGGUUGCACCAAACUUGUGGAUGCAAAUACUCCAAUGAAACUGAACCAGAAGGUCUGCGUGAAACUGAUCACUGAGGGUCUGGAUGAAGACAGAGUUGUACUGGUGACCGACCGCUGCUGGGCAACUGAUGAACCAUCACCCUCUGCAGCAAAUUCCUACGACCUGAUUGUUGAUGGCCACCCUAAUGACCCAACAGUGACCAUAAGAGACAACGGAAGAGAAACCCACAACUCUUUUUGCUUCAACAUGUUUGAGUUCUCUAGGGGCUCAAAUAAAAUCUACCUGCACUGUGCAGUACACCUGUGUGUGAAGAGCACCAACACAUGUGAACCGGUACGUCUCACUGUCAAACACACCACAUGGAGGACUGACUGA